AUGGCAGCGCACCAAGAAUCUAUACACGAGCGUCUCCAGCCCGAAGAACCCAUCUACCUCCAUGGAGCCUCCUGGCCGGAGACCAAUGAGAACCAGGAGGAGCACAGCACGGACAUGUCGCCCUACUACAAUAUGCCAAAAAGAAAUAAGAGGAAAAACUUCAAACCGCGAUGUGCACCGAACGCGACCAACUUCUCUGACGAAUCGGAACACUGUGAUAUUGAGGGCCCCGUAAAUGGGGAUAGAUCCCCGGAAGAAGAUAACUAUUCGAAAAUAGAAGUGAAAAACUUCAGUUUACUCAAAUCAGGCGCUGUCGACCUAAGCAGGCGAUUGAGUACAGAUUCAAACGAAAACAUAGAUUCUAAUUACGAGAAUAGAUUAGAUGAUAAAAAAGCUGAUAGUUUUCAGCGAUCUUAUAUACAUAGCUUAUCACUUAACGACAGUGAUAGGGACCGGACCGUUAUAAACUUUAGCAAUUUACAAAACAAAACGUUCUGUGCCAAGAAUCCGUUCGCGAUAUCACAGUUAAUUAAAACGAAUUCACCACCAAGAAGAAGGGAUUCCGAUUCUGAUGAAAACAAGGAUAUCAACAGCAAUGAAAGGGAAACACAGGAAGAAGCUGAGAGUCAGCAAAAUGGGGAAACGGCGAAUAGAAUUUUACGGGACUAUGCAAUGAAUACAAUGAAGGAGUUAUUGGGUAUUUAUGGUUUAUCGUCUAAUGAAGUAGCGGAUGCUAUAAGCGGACAAAUUCGAGCGUUGGAAGCUCUUCAAGGGAAACCAUUCACUCAACUGCCGUUAAGCCUUAAGAGACGCCAUGAUUCCGGAGAUGGAAAUGAGAGAAGUACGAGGAGAUCUUCUUCAGCCACUGAGGAUGAAAGCUCCACGAACAUAACACCACCAAAAACUCCAGAUAAUGACAUUGAAGCUCAAAGGCAAAGAGCUCUACAAAUAAUAAACCAACAAUCAAUGAGAUUGUUCAAAAGUCAAAACCAAGAUGAGGAAGGUAGCGGUUCUGAUGAUGGAGACCAGACCUUGGAUUUGAGUGUAUCCAGGGAUACUGACGGACAGGAACAAUCGACAACCUCCAGCGCUGGAAAUAGUGUGACAGAGUUUGAACAACAAAACAUGUUGAUGAGAAAGAAUUUAGAAGAUCUUGCUAACUUGCAAAUGCAGGGUUUCUUCCAAAAACAAUCCAUGAUGGACGCUGAUGACUCACAAGAGAGGAAAUUGCAGGCCAGUGGUUUGCUGUCAGCUUUGAAUCAUUUGGAUCAAGCAAGGAAGAACUCUCUACAAUCCAACGUCGACUACUCUCGUUAUGUAAAAAGAUAUAGUUCAACACUAGAAUGUGGAUCGUCAUACUGCAAGGAUCUGGGCUACCGAGAGCAUUUCCACUGCAUGGACUGCACAGCCAGGGUCUUUUGCAAGAAGGAAGAGAUGAUUAGACAUUUUAAGUGGCACAAGAAACGCGACGAAUCUCUUGCGCACGGCUUCAUGAGGUAUUCUCCUCUCGACGAUUGUUCAGAGCGGUUCUCAGACUGUCCUCAUAAUCGUAGUCAAACCCACUACCACUGCAUCCAAGAUGGGUGUGAUAAGGUGUACAUUUCGACUUCAGAUGUACAAAUGCACGCGAACUACCAUCGAAAGGACUCGGCGAUCCUCCAGGAGGGUUUCCAGAGGUUUCGUGCUACUGAAAGCUGUGCCGCGCCGCAUUGUAUCUUCGCUGGCCAGCGGACCACGCAUUUCCAUUGCAGACGGCCUGGAUGCACCUAUACCUUCAAGAACAAGGCAGAUAUGGAAAAGCACAAGACCUACCACAUCAAAGACGAAGCUCUCUCGAAGGAUGGCUUCAAGAAGUACAUGAAAAACGAGGCGUGUCCGUUCCGCGAAUGUCGCUUCAGCAGGACCUGCAACCACAUCCACUGCAUCAGACCACACUGCAACUACGUGCUACACUCCAGCAGCCAAAUCUUCACGCACAAACGGAAGCACGAGAGGAAGGAACAAGAAAUGAACUUUGGAUUACCAACAUCGGUUAUUCAAAGCGCACUGAUGCAGCAGGGAGCUGAUUUGAGCAUGUACUCCCCAACUGCUAAUCUGCAGAUUGAGGAUGAUUUGUCAGGAAUGGAUGGAGACUACCCUCAUUCCUAUAAUCCUGCAGUAAUUGAGGAGUUGUGCCGAAAGUAUAUAGAAACCUUUACUGGUGGGAAAGAGGCAGAAGACAAAUGUACCAAAUGCAGCGCUCUUAACAAACAUUAUCACUGCUUAGCUGAAGGAUGCAAGAUGGCUCACAGUUGCCACAACACAAUGGUGAAGCAUGUACUCGAACACGAACAGCAGAACCAAGUGACAGAGGCUUACUUUGUUACUUACACUCGAAACAACCCAUGCUCAAACUCUGCUUGUCAACACAUUCGAGACAUUACCCACUAUCACUGUACCUGGGAAAAUUGUGGAGCUGUCAUUCUAUCAUCAGAAGAACAGCCCUUCAGACGUCUAGAGCAUCACAGGCAGCAUGCAAUUUUGAGCCCCAUGUCCCCGAAUUUAGCGGCUAGGUUCGCUCCAAACUUUACACCUCAAUUAUCCGCCCAGUUACAUCCAAAUGUAGCUGCUCAACUUCAAGUGCCGAGUCUACCAAAUCUGCCGCCAAACUUGGCGCAAUUGGCUCAAAUGGCACCAAAUCUUGGCCCGCAGCUACCGAACUUACAAGCUCAAUUGAAUCUCGGAGCUAGCCCAGUACAACAACACGUGAACCCGUCAAGUUCUUUAGAUGAAAUGUUUAGCAGGAAACGAGGAAGACCACCAAAGAAUCGUGUCGUUGAAGUUUGGACAGACAAUGUAACACCACAGGCUAUAUUCACGUCUUUCAAAUUGCCAAAGAGCAACCAAAUGCCACCAGCGAUCCAUUCACCAGUUAUAACAACAGUCGAAGAGUUCCCUCGCAUCCGCUUCCAGCAUUUCGAAGUAUUUACAUCACCAGACAUCUGUAGCCAAUAUUAUGCGAAUUGUCCCCUGCGUCAUACCAGAUUGCACCUACACUGCUUUAACUGCAGCUUUACUGGUGAAACCCACGUUACCAUGGAAACCCAUAUGAGAGAAUCACACUCCAUAUCGCCACUUCUAGAAGGCUUCGACUACUUUUCAUCUUACGAACACUGCGGCGGGAAAAGCUGUUUCAAAAACCAGCUGCGCAAUCAUUUUCAUUGUGCGCAAGGCAACAAUUGCCCAGCAAUUCUAACGCAAUAUUCAGCACUAGCCACUCACAAACACGGUAGAGGUACUCCCAUUAAAUGUGAAGAGGAGAAGCAGUUCGAAGAAGCCAAAGACUAUUCGACUAAAGAGAGAGCGUCUGCGGAUAGCGUUGGAUCUAUAAAGGAAGAAUUUACACCAAACUUCGUUAUCAAGAACGAAUUUGAAAAUCAGGAUAAUGUUUCAGUAGUAAAAGCGGCAGGAACCUUCUAUCCAUCAUCACACCUCCGCAGCAACACAUCGUCUCCCAGAAGCAUUUACGACGCAUCUCCGUCCAAAGACAAACGCCUUGAAAAGGAAAAGCCAGGCCCGACUAUUCCACCGUCCUGCCACGAUCAGUCCUGUCCGCUGAAUAAAUCUGGUGGUAUGAACCUUCACUACCACUGCCCGCAUUGUGGACAAGCUUAUGUGGACCUGAAGUUACUCUUUAGCCACAUGGUGAAGAAACACAGUAAUGUCAUAGAAACUGGACCGAUCGGACUUGCUGCCACUAAGGAGACACUGGAACGAGAAUACCCAGAAAUAUCUAUCUUACCGUCAACAGCUACAUCAUCAACUGCGCCUCAGGUGCCUUCUCCCAGUCAGAGACCACCAAAUCCCGCUGAACAGGUGCAGGCAGUUCAGAGUUUGUUAUUACAGCAGUAUCUCUCAGGGGGUCGCAAAGGAAGCUUGCAAGAACAGCUUAAGAUGCAACAACAGUACACUGCAUCAUUGGGUCUGCCUGGGCUGGCUCUGUUCUCUCAAGGUGGUUCUCCCUUCCCCAUGUAUCCUCCAAUGAUGUACCCUCCAGAAUUGCUUCUCGAACAAAGUCUACUGCAGACGCAUGGAUUACCACCAGGUCUGGAUAAAGAAGCUGAACUUAUAGCUAAAUCACGCAGUACCGGCGCAAGAGGUCCGCACAUGCGGGUCUUGAAGGAUGAACCCAUACCGGAAGGUUACUUGAGGUUCAGAUUCAAUGAAGAUUGCGCUUAUCAGCAAUGUGGAUACAGAGAACAUCAAACCCACUUCCACUGCACCCGAAAAGAUUGUGGAUACUCCUUCUGUGAUAAGACCAGAUUCGUUCAACACACAGCCCGACAUGAGAGAUUGGAUACUCUCAUGGGCGGAGACUUCCAACAGUACCGCGCUAAUGUCUACUGUCAGCGACCAGAAUGUCCACAUGCGUCCACAUUUGGAACAGGUCAAAACAAAGCCUCCCACUUCCAUUGUCUCAAGUGCGACUUCACUUGUACGGACACAAAUAAGGUGGUGGCGCAUCGGCGACAACACCAGAAACUUGACUCCAUCCAGGCAGCUGGGUUCGAGAAGUUCCCGCCAAGCAAAAGUUGCGGGUACGAACCACAGUGCAUUCACAGCAAGAAGCAAACCCACUACCACUGUCUCCAAUGCGGCUUUGCUGUUCUCGGCCUAUCUCAAAUGACGUCACACAAAUACAAGCACCAGGAAGCGAACCUUGGCCCGUCUACCAGUGCCCUCAACUGA